AACAAUAAUUUUUUGAGUAUGUAUAUAUCUGUGGAAGAGAUUGUGUCAAAUUAUAAAGUACUCAAUUAAAAUUGAUUACCCUAAUAUUUAUCCCUCUUAAUUCAACUCAAAAGUGAAUCCUCCAUUUUCAUCAAUUUCCCACCCUAAUGUUCCCGCCACAACAAGCUAAUACAUUCAGCUCUUCUACACCCUUUCCAAUUGUUUCACACUUUCACCAAGUUACACUCGAAAACCCAACGAGCAGGAGCAGAGAGGUAUGACACGCAAGAAAUCCGCUUCCAUUAUUCCUUCGCCGCCUCCGAUUCCCAUCGGAAAUUGCGAGGUGCGGGUCGAAGCCAAGAACUUCGCAUCCGAGCUGACUGAAAAUAGCCUCCAGAUCAUGUUCGCGAAAGAUGCCAAUCUCAAAAUUUCAGUCAUGGAGAACUGGAAUUGCGAAAAGGUGCAUUGUGGCCUUCAGGGUCACGAGGACGAUGAAAAGGGUAAUUAUUGUUUUGAGCUUAUUAAUCCAAAUGACACAGAUGUUAAGACCAAGAGUUUGGUUCAGGAAGUAGUAAACAUUUAUGCUAAGGAACUACCGGCAAUGAAGUAUGCUGCAAACACUGGAAAGCAAUCAUCGUUCCUUGAUAAAUGCGUGUCAAGUGGGAAGUACUACACAUUAAUUUUGAGAUUCAAGAAUGGCCUACACCGUGGAGAGGCUGUUGCAGCAACUACCUAUCAAAUAAUCUCUGCUGACACACUGUAUACCGAGAUUCCUCUUGCAGCUGUUAGAUCCCAAUACCAACAUAAGGGGAUAGGCCACUUAUUAUACAUGGAACUGAAAAGGAGAUUGCAGAAUGUGGGCAUAAGGACAGUGCUUUGUUGGGGAGAUAAGGAGUCUGAAGGAUUUUGGCUUAAACAGGGGUUCAUAGUAAUUGGUCAUGUAGAUGCGAGAGGCAAAGCUCGCAGGCUUCCUAUAAACCCCAAUGUUCGCAGAGUGUUGUGUUUUCCUGGUGGCUCAUCUCUCAUGGUUUCUUAUCUUAACAAGGAAAGUCCAACACAUUCACCAAAGCAUCUUGCUCUAGAUCUGCCCGAGAAGAAUUGUCCUUCUUUGAUAUCUCAGAAACAAGAUAAGCAUGUAGAUACGUACUGCUCUUCCAAGGAAGUGAUAAAUCAAAAUAUCAAAACAGACAUCUCUCAUCAUUAUGAUGCAGACAUGAUGGAAACUGUAAAUGACAGCUAUGACGAAGGAGCAAAUGAAUCUGAACAUGAGAAUACUCUGAAACAAUGCUUUCUUUUAGAAAGCAACGUCAAUGCAACCAGGCAUAAAAACACGGAUUCCUUGGCAGUGUCUCAGAAUGCAUUUAAAGUGAAAGAUUGUCCUAAAGAUCCGCUGAAGAGCAGUUCCAAGCAUUAUUAUGAAGUGACAUCCAAAAGUUAUAGCAGCCAAGGAAUUCUUCCAUUGGAAAAAAAAUACCAAGUUAUACUGAUGAAUAUAGCUGAUGACAAUAAGAAAGCUUAUCUAACUCAGAUUAUUGAAAACCUUGGUGGAGAUGUAACUUCUGAUGGAAGUAGAUGUACACAUGUCGUAACGGGGAAAGUGAGGAAAACAUUGAAUUUCUGCAAAGCUUUAUGUUCAGGGUCUUGGAUAAUUUCACCCAGUUGGUUGAAAGAAAGCUAUCGGAAUGGCAGAUUUGUCGAUGAAAUGCCUUUCAUAUUGAAAGACCAAGACUAUGAAACGAAGUACACAAGUGAACUAAAAGAAGCAGUUCUUAGUGCAAGGGCGCACCCCAGCAGUUUGCUUAGUGGGUAUGACAUAUGCCUGGCGGCUCAUGUUCAACCUCCAGCCAGUAUGUUGUCUGCAAUUGUAGAAUCUGCAGGAGGAAAUGUUGUAAUUGGGGGAGUGGAGAAGGUGAAAGACAAGGACAAGAGCAUAUUUGUGGCGUGCGAGGAGGACACCGACGAAGCACUGUUAGCAGCCGAGAAAGGGAUACGCUGUUUCAGCAGCGAGUGGUUCAUGAACUGCAUCAUGAAACAGCAGCUUGAUCUUGGAGCCUCUCAAUUUGCAAAUAAAAUCCGCACAAUGCUACGUCGUUUCACUCCCCUGGCUAUUCUAUUCGCGUUCACCGGAUUCAUCUUCGCCGUCCGUUCACAAGAGCUCAGAUCCAACGUCCAUCAAUCCCGGCGGGGAAUCACGGCGGCGCGCCCCGAACCUAUAGGUUCCAUACAAGUGCCGCCGGGCUUUCCGCUCAAGAUCGCGUUGUUUGCGGACCUGCAUUUCGGAGAGAACUCAUGGACCGCGUGGGGCCCGCAGCAGGAUAUAAAAUCAGUUGGGGUGAUGUCUACCGUUCUCGAUCAAGAACACCCAGACUUUGUGAUCUAUCUUGGGGAUGUCAUCACGGCAAACAAUAUACCCACCAAAAAUGCUAGCUUGUACUGGGAGCAAGCAAUCUCUCCUACAAGAGCCAGAAGAAUUCCAUGGGCUAGUGUUUUUGGUAACCAUGAUGAUAUGCCAUUUGAGUGGCCAUUGGAAUGGUUUUCAACUUCUGGAGUCCCUCCCGUCCAAUGCUCACAGAAUAUUUCAUACACUGGAUACAAAGAUUGCAGCUUCAGGGGAACAACGCGCUUGGAGAUGAUGAAAUAUGAAGUGGAUCACAACACAUUAUCACACUCUAAAUGCGGUCCGGGGGUUUUAUGGCCCAGUGUUUCCAACUAUGUCCUUGGAAUUUCAUUGACAAGUGACCCCGACACAUCUGUAGCAUAUAUGUACUUCCUAGAUUCUGGGGGUGGCUCAUACCCUGAGGUUAUCUCAAAUGCACAAGUGGAAUGGUUCAACCGCACGGUUCAAGAACUUAAUCCUGAUGCAAGGGUGCCUGAGUUAAUGUUUUGGCAUAUACCUAGUCAAGACUAUCAUCAUGCGGCUACAGAUCUUUCUCAACGCAAGACAUGCGUGGGUUCAAUGUUUGCAGAGAAAGUUGCUGCUCAGGAAGCUGAAAUGGGUAUUAUGGAUCUCCUUCAGAGAAGAUCAUCUGUGAUGGCUUUGUUUGUUGGUCACAACCAUGGACUGGACUGGUGCUGCCCCUACAAGAAGUUGUGGCUGUGCUACGCUCGCCAUACUGGGUAUGGCGGGUAUGGGAGCUGGGCUAGAGGGGCCCGGAUUCUGGAGAUAACUCAGCACCCUUUCGCCCUAAAAUCUUGGAUUCGAAUGGAAAAUGGUACUGUACAUAGUGAAGUCAUCUUGAGCAGCUCUUGAUUUGUCCCCUCUCUUCCUCUUCAGCUUCAGUCACAAGUGAAGGGGACACUGUACAUUAGAAAAUUGUAUCAAACAAUUCAAACCAGCAAUGUUUCACUGUCUUUACAAAUCUUCAUACUUAAACUCUUUUAAGCAAUUGUUUGAGUGGAACUGUAGGAGGAAGAAAUGAAGAAGAGAAUUAUUA